UGAGUCCUAACUCGGAGCGAGCGCGCGCUGCUGGAGUUAGAGAGAUUACGCUCAACCCGAACCCCGAGCCGGAACCCGAACCUGUUCUCAUUUUCGGAUUUCAACAUUCUCUCUCUCUCUCUCUCUCUCUCUCUCUCUCACACACACACACACACACACACACACACUCUCGCCAUGUCCGAGGUUUUGCCCUACAGCGAGGGGAAGAUGAACGGCUACGGGCCGGACGACGAGGUCGGACAAAUGUCGUUCAGCUGCCGGCUGCAGGACACCAACUCGUUUUUCGGCGCGUCGCAGUCAAAAAGGCCGCCGAAACUCGGACAGAUCGGGCGGGCAAAGCACGUGGUGAUUGAAGACGACCGAAUAGACGAGGUGUUGAAGGGCAUGGCGGAUAAACCGUCCCCCGGGGUGUAGACCCUCCGGACCACUCAGAACCUUUAUUUCGCAUUUAAUCACCGGUUUGAAGCACCGCAUGUAAAGCAGUGAGGAGCGACUGAGAAGCCUGUGAGGAUCAGGAUGCUGAGAGCGGACUGAUAUGAUAAAGGGGUGAUGAAGAUGAUGGAUGAUGAUGAUGAUGAAGAACUGGCAUGACACGACCUUGGGCGUUUGGGUUUUAGGUUGAAAAAAAAAUCAUAAGCGGAAUUUUCUUUCCAAGCUGCUGGUUUAGAUUCUAAAUUCUCCACAGUAACCCAUCUAGGCCUAGAACAAUCCACCCACCUUUAUCACAGCGAUGAGAAGAAGUCCUGCUCGGGUCCGACUUCAUCCACCAUCACGAUCUCAGUGUUCAGUGUUUGGGUUUUAGUGCCACGUUUCAUCGAUGUAGCUGCGUUGAAUCAAUACGGGUCACGAGCUCACAAACGACGCAACACUGAGUUUUAAUAGGACAAACAAACAUGAAACGCAACAGUUGAGGAUAAUUGUGUGCAUGUAGUAUGCAUGACAUUUCAACUGUAGAAUUAUUCUGCGGUAUUUCAGUAUUAAUGUGACAGUAGAAUAGUGUACACUCUUAGAACCAAAGGUACCAAACUGUACUUUAAUCUUAACAUGGUGUUAAUCUUGUUGUUAAACUUUAAAGGUGCAUCAGUGAUUCAUCAGCACCAAUGUUGCGCUGUUUAGCCUAGGAUUUAUAAAGACAACAUUUUACAAGCAACAAGAAAAGUCCAGCUUGGCACCUUUACCUGUCCCAGUGAAGCCUGAGCAUCAUUUUACUUUUUUCUUUUUUUCUUUUUUUUGCUUGCUGUACGCUAUGACGUCACACCAUGUUGUGUUGUUUAUUUCCACUUAGGGUUUCAGCGUCAUGCUCUGAUUACACACUUCCGAAAAGGAAAUAGGUGACAAGAGCGCUUGAGCGUGUAGGUUCAAAACACACACACACACACACACACACACACACACACACA